AUGUCAAGAACAUUGCCUGCCUUGAGGUCUCCAGCACCAUUCUCCACUGCUAAGAGCAUGAUCUGGCUGUUCCAGUCCACGCUUGUCUUCUGCCUUGGCCCAGGGAACACAGUUUCACAAACCAGCUCAACCCCAUUGAUUGUGAACGGGGUCAUGGGGGACUCUGUAACACUUACCCUGAAGUUUCCUGUGGAAGAGAAGAUCAUGUCCAUCACCUGGCUUCAUGGUGGAAAAUCUAUCAUCUUCAUAGAUCCAAAUGAAACACUAAAGAGGGUGACUGACCCAAAGCGGAAAAAUCGAUUGAAUGUCACCGAGUCCUACUCCUUGCAGCUCAGCAACCUGACGAUGGCAGACACAGGACCUUACAGCGCCCAGAUAACCACACUGACCUCUUCACUGUUUACCAGUUAUUAUCUGAGGAUCUUCAGACGACUAAGGAACUUACAAGUUGUCCCUCACACCAAAUGGUCUAAAAAUAGGACCUGUGAGAUCCACUUAACCUGCUCUGUGGAGGAUCCAAAUGAUAACAUCUUAUUCAGGUGGCAGGUCUCAGGAAACACACUUCAAAGUGAAGCAAACCUCACUAUCUCCUGGGACCCCAAGAGUUUCGAUGAAGAGACUUACACCUGCGUAGCUGAGAAUCCUGUCAGCAAUUCAUCCUUCUCUGUCUCUGUCCAGAGUCUCUGCAAAAGUGUUACUAAUGAAAAAAAUGAACACCUGGAUACCAUGUGGAUUGUAGUGGCAGUUUCUUCAAUGUGUAUAGUCGUAGUCAUCAUCGUGUCGUUAUUUGUUUGCAGGAAAAAAAUAGGUUUCUUUCAAUUCUCUACUCAGCAAACCCAGUGUCCUGCAGAGACUGUGAGGAACUUAGAGUAUGCUUCCUUCUCUCCAGGGAGCACUGUGUAUGCUCAGGUCACCCAUUCAAACAGGGAAAUGGAAAUCCCAAAACCUGUGAAAAACAAUGACUCCACCACAAUUUACUCUGAAAUUCAACAGUCCCAACAGAAAGCCCAUCUAUUCCAGGACAACUGCCCUUCACAAUGUCAUGUAAGUUGCUGA